CGGCCAGGGAGUGGACACCAGCUGGGGGCUCGCUUCAUCCCACCCCUUGCCUGACUUUCGCUGUGGUCACUUUCGGCCGGCUCACCUGACACUGCUGGGAGAGGCAAAUGGAGUCACUUAACACCUCACUUUCCUCCUUUAAUGGGACAGCACCCGACCAGUCCGCAAUAUGGCAGGGAGCCUUCCUGAUCAUCAUACUGCUCAUCGGGCUGCCGGCCAACGGCUUCAUUAUCUGGCUGACAGGGUGGCGGCUGCGGCGCCGAGGCCUGUCCGUCUUCAUCCUGAGCCUGGCCAGCUCCGACUUCCUCUUCCUCUGCGUCAUGGUCAUGCAGAUCAUGGAGACCCUACAGGGUAACAACUGGGUGCUGGGUGCCUUCAUGUGCCGCCUGCGCCACUUCCUCUUGGAUUUAAGCUACCACUGCAGCCUCUUCCUGCUGGCUGCCCUCAGCGUGGACCGCUGCCUGCUGGUGCUGCUGCCCCUGUGGUACCGCUGCCAUCGCCCCCUGCGGCUCUCCACCUACAUCUGCCUGGGCACCUGGGUGGCGGCUUCCUUGCUCAGCAUCAAAGGCUUCGUCUUCCCCAAACUCGUCCUGUUUAAAGACGGGGUACUCGCCUGCUACAACGACCGGGGGAAGUACGAGUGGUCCCUGCGCUUCCUGGAGGUGCUGCUGGAGGGAUUCUUCCCCUUUGUUGUCAUGGUGACCACCCACGCUGUCACCUUGGCCCGCACCUUGCGGCGCCACACCCGGGCCCCCAGCCAGUUCUACCGCAUUGUGGCUGCCACCCUGACCGUCUACGUGCUGCUCAACCUCCCGUUCCAGAUCACCCAGCUGCUCUUCCUGGUCGCCUUGGAGAACCAGGAGCUCUACAGUCGCCUCAUCCCCUUCCUUAUCUACACCGGCUACCUGAUCAACCUCAACACUAGCAUCAACCCCUACAUCUACCUCAUCUUCGGCUCCAACCUCUGCACAAGCUGCAGCCACCCCACGACCUGCGACCUUGCCUUAGCCCUCACAGAGGACGUGAGGAAGAGCCCCGGACACACGCCUGAGGCGUCUUCCCCUCUCUAGCCGUCCCCACUCUCCUCCCCCUGCAUGGCCCAGGCCGUGCUCUGGCACAGCUCCAGUCACCAACCAAGGGGUUGCUGGCUCCCCUGACGGGCUCUGGCUGCAUGGAGGGGGAAUGUGCACAAUACGAGUUCACUAGUGCAAGGCCUUGUGUAAAUGGGUGCAAGAUGUGAGCUACCAGGGAAGUCAGACCAGUGCCAGGGCCCUGUUUGCCCAGCCUAGUCAUGCUCCUGUGGGGACAGGUUCUCAGUAGGUGCAAACCGGCCCAGUUCCCUGCAGAUCGGGGCCUGUGAAGCUCCCAGAACAUCUGGCCCUAGGCAGGGCAAUACAAACACUGCCAUGGCUGCAGCUGCCAACCCACAGGGCCAGCAGACACUGCGGCAAAGGCCUGCUGCCCCUUUAGGCCUUUCUGGGUUCGGCAAUCCUGACGUUAGUGGUGGCUCCAAGGUCAUGGUGCUUUACUGCAGUGGCCUUCUGCUCACAACUGCCAGAGACCCAGCAUUGGGGGUACCUCUGCCCCCCUAGGUCUGCCUCCUUGGGCGCCUGCAGUCUAACCAUCCUGACCUGCAGAAAGCAGGCCCGGACUCCUCUUAGCGCACGAGGUUGGGACACAGAAGCUGCAGCCCGGGGACACACCAGGCAGGUCAGAAUUGAGGCCCUGGGGCUGUCCUGUGGAUCCCCUUCUCCCCACACACACCAGGGGACAGGUACAGCUCACUCUAUCAUUCCAUGGGUGCAGGACACCCCAAAGAGAACCAGGCCCCUUGGCUUUAAUUCUGAUCCCUUGGGCAUGUGCUCCUUUAAUUCUGACCUCUUCCGCCCCUCCCCGUCAGUUGCUCCCAGCAAGACGUCCAGUGGCUGCCCACCAGCACCUCCUGCGAGGGACUCAGAGCCACCUGUGACCCUCCCUACUCCCCCGAGCAGGAGCGGAGUAAGAGCGGUGCCCUAGAGAUGCACUGAGCUCCUGUCAGCCCAACUCUUACCCUUCGGAUCCAGAACCCAGUGAGCCUGGAUCUGCUUGGUGCCUCCAUCAGGAUAAGACAAGAGCUGUGAAUUUAUUCAUUCUGGGGGUACAGGGCCAGGGCCCCCUUGUCCCACACAGGCACCUGGGAGGAGAAAUUAAACCCAACAUGAGCCUCCAGCUACAAGCACAGGCCCCUGCAGCUUGAGCUAAUGCCUCUUCCCCUCUGUUAGCAACAGGCCCAAGCAAG